UAAUUUGAUUGUUUUGGUUGAGUUUUGACACUAACGGACUUCCAUAGUUUCCGCUUUAAAAUCGCUUGACACGCUGCUGCUCACGUGACUCCACCGAGCCUGCUGGCUGCUGAGUACAGUUGGAUUUAAAACAUCAGGUUUAACAGGGCUUUAUUAGCAGCAUGAGGCUGGUGAUUCUAGAUGACUAUGAUCUGGCCAGCGAGUGGGCUGCUAAAUACAUCCGGAACAGGAUCAUCGAGUUCAAACCGUCUGCAGACAGAUACUUUACUCUGGGUUUACCCACAGGCAGCACUCCGUACGGCUGUUACCAGAAGUUAAUAGAGUUCUACAAAAGCGGAGACCUUUCCUUUAAAUAUGUGAAAACCUUCAACAUGGAUGAAUAUGUGGGUCUGCCCCGUGCUCAUCCGGAGAGCUAUCACUCCUACAUGUGGAACAAUUUCUUCAAGCACAUCGACAUUGAUCCGGCCAACGCUCACAUCCUGGAUGGGAACGCAGAGGACCUAGAGGCUGAGUGUAACGCCUAUGAGCAGAAGAUUGCUGCAGCCGGAGGGAUUGAGUUGUUUGUUGGAGGUAUCGGCCCUGACGGCCAUAUCGCCUUUAACGAGCCCGGCUCCAGCCUUGUUUCCAGAACCAGAGUGAAAACACUGGCAAAGGACACCAUUGUGGCAAACGCUCGUUUCUUUGGGAACGACCUCUCCAAGGUUCCCACCAUGUCUCUCACUGUGGGAGUGGGAACCGUAAUGGAUUCCAAGGAGGUGAUGAUUCUGAUCACAGGGGCUCACAAGGCCUUUGCUCUGUACAAAGCCAUUGAGGAGGGGGUGAACCACAUGUGGACGGUGUCGGCCUUCCAGCAGCACCCGCACACCAUCUUUGUGUGCGACGAGGACGCCACGCUGGAACUGCGUGUCAAAACUGUGAAAUACUUCAAAGGUUUAAUGCAUGUUCAUAAUAAACUUGUGGAUCCGGUUCUCAGCAUUAAGGACCAGUGAGGCCAAGUGAGGGGAAGAUGUUCCUGGAUCCAGUGUGAACUGGGUUCUCCUGGUAGAGUUCCACAUCUGAGGAGCUGCUGAAAUGCCUUCAUUGUUACUGCUAAACAGUUACACGUUGUUACUGAAAGCCAACAGGUCAAAUGGGUCUCAAAUCCUCUGAUAAAAAAGUUUGUGUGAAGGAUUUAGAGACAAAACACUCCCUCUUCAUUGGGUUACAAAUAAAGUUGUUAAAUGUCAAUUCUUUUAUAGUUUUAACAUUCCUUUCAUGUUUUCCUUCCUGAACUCCUGUUUUAUCACCUGCCUGACUCCCACUUAUCCUGUUUGCACACGUUGACUGUAGUACUGUAGUAACCUCUUGUUUUACAAUGGGGGAAAAAACAAGUUUGUUUAUGGGGAUUUGAUAUUUUUUGUCUUUUAAGAAUACAAAAUAAAAUGUGUCUUUAUUCAACCAA